AUGGGGAGGCGGAUCAAGAAGAAAGACGAAGAUGAGCCCCCCAAGAACUGGAAGGGACCGGGUCCGAAUCCCGCUCUGCAGAUGGUGAAAAAUAUUUCUGAGAUCAAAAACAAAGCCAAACGACAAGAAAUCUACUUCAAGCUAAAGAAGGAGAAGAACAAGGCAAAACGAGAAGCUCGUCUGAAACGAGUGAAGGAACUCAAGGCUCUCGGAGAGAAUGCUCCGCCGAAGCAGAUACCGAGAACCUUGGAGAACACGAGGGAAUACGAUGAAACCGUGGUGGAAGCCGGAGACGAGGAGGUGGAGCUCGACGAUCAAACUGACGAGUUCGCUUCGUAUUUCAACAAGGAAUACGUUCCAAAGAUUCUCCUCACAACAGUUGAUAAACCAAGAGGGAAAACAAUAAAGUUCUGCCGAGAGCUCGAGCUCGUUCUACCGAACGCGGAAUUCAAAUACCGAAACUACGCCCACCUGAAGAAAACGAUACCGAAAGCGAUCGAGAGAGGCUUCACCGACUUCUUAGUUGUGAACGAACAUCGUGGCGCUCCCAGUGGGCUGCUUGUGAUACACCUCCCCGAAGGCCCUACCGCGUACUACAAAAUAAGCUCCGUGAAGCCCAUGACCGAUAUCAAACACGCAGCUCAAUUCACUUCGCAUCGGCCCGAGGUCCUGCUGAACAACUUCGGAACUCGAUUAGGACACAGCGUCUCAAGGAUGUUGGCAUGCCUCUUCCACUACAAUCCAGAGUUCCACGGUCGGAGAGUCGUGACGUUCCACAAUCAGAGAGAUUUCAUCUUCUUCAGGCAUCACCGGUACGAAUUCGACUCCGACGGUCAAAAAUGUCGACUACAGGAGAUCGGACCACGCUUCACGUUGAAACUACAAAGUCUUCAGAAAGGAACUUUCGACUCCAAGUAUGGCGAAUACGAGUGGAUCUUGAAGCGUCAUGAAAUGGAAACAUCUAGACGGAGAUUCUUCCUUUGAGCCAUACGUCGUUGUUUGAUUAUUGACUCUUUGUAUAAAAGUAUAUAUAAAAAA